AGGGGUGGGCGAGGGGGAGGGGCAGGAGAGAGGCCGGGGAGAAGCUAGAGGGAGGCAACAUGAGCAUCGUCCGGGCGACCGGAGGUCACUGAUUGGGAAGAGCGGCUGCGGGGACCGGGAACUGGGGAUCAGCCAGCCGGCCAGGGAGUGCCCCUGGAGUAAGUACCUGUGCCCGCGCUCAAGGUGCCCAGAGGGAGCGCUGCCCAGUCCGCGGGACGCACAACUGAAGCAGGCAGCCCUGCGGUCUGGACUUGACUGCGGGACGAGCCACUGGAAGUGAGUUCCAUGUACGGGAGCCAGCAGUUCCUGGGAAAGAGGAAACACCGAGACAGACUCACCCCAGCAGACUUGAUCAAAAUGUCUGUCAGCGUUCAUGAGAACCGCAAGUCCAGGACGAGCACAGGCUCUAUGAACAUCACCCUUUUCCACAAGCCUUCCCACCCAGACUGUGUCUUGUCCCACCUCAACACUCUGCGUAAGCACUGCAUGUUCACAGAUGUCACCCUCUGGGCUGGGGACCGCUCCUUCCCCUGCCACCGGGCUGUGUUGGCUGCCUCUAGUUGCUAUUUUGAGGCCAUGUUCAGCCAUGGCCUACGGGAAAGCUUGGAUGAUGCAGUCAACUUUCACGAUAGCCUCCAUCCAGAAGUGCUUGAGCUGCUGCUGGACUUUGCCUAUUCCUCCCGGAUCAUCAUCAAUGAGGAGAAUGCGGAAUCUCUGCUAGAGGCGGGGGACAUGCUCCAGUUCCAUGAUGUGCGAGAUGCUGCCGCCGAGUUCUUGGAGAAGAACCUCUUCCCCUCCAACUGCUUGGGCAUGAUGCUCCUCUCUGACGCCCACCAGUGUCGCCGCCUUUAUGAGCUCUCCUGGCGCAUGUGCCUGGUCCAUUUUGAGACGGUGCAGCAGAGCGAAGACUUCAAAAACCUCUCCAAGGGCACCCUGUUGGACCUGAUCUCCAGCGAUGAGCUUGAGACAGAGGAUGAACGAGUCGUCUUUGAAGCCAUCAUUCAGUGGGUGAAACAUGACUUGGAGGAGAGAAAGGUGUACCUCCCGGAGCUUCUACGCAGCGUACGGCUGGCCCUGCUGCCCUCUGAAAUCCUGAAGGAGGCUAUUGCCUGUGAGGACCUCAUUAUGGCCGAUGAGCGCAACAAGCUUAUCAUGGAUGAGGCUCUCCACUGCAAGAAGAAGAUUCUACAGAACGAUGGGGUGGUCACUAGCCCUUGUGCCCGACCCCGAAAGGCAGGACAUACCCUUCUGAUCCUUGGAGGCCAGACCUUCAUGUGUGACAAGAUCUACCAGGUGGACCAUAAAGCAAAGGAAAUCAUCCCCAAGGCAAACUUGCCCAGCCCACGGAAGGAGUUCAGCGCCUGCGCCAUCGGCUGUAAGGUCUACGUGACGGGUGGCCGGGGCUCUGAGAAUGGUGUCUCCAAAGACGUCUGGGUGUAUGAUACUGUCCAUGAAGAGUGGUCCAAGGCUGCUCCUAUGCUGAUUGCCCGUUUUGGUCAUGGCUCGGCUGAGCUGGAGAAUUGUCUUUAUGUGGUAGGGGGACACACUGCAGUGGCUGGGGUCUUUCCAGCGUCUCCCUCUGUUUCCUUGAAGCAAGUAGAAAAGUAUGACCCUGGAGCCAACAAGUGGACAAUGGUGGCUCCUUUAAGGGAUGGAGUCAGCAAUGCUGCAGUGGUGAGCGCUAAGCUCAAGCUCUUUGUCUUUGGCGGUACGAGCAUUCACCGGGACAUGGUUUCCAAAGUCCAGUGCUAUGACCCUGCAGAUAACCGAUGGACAAUCAAAGCAGAAUGUCCUCAGCCUUGGCGCUAUACAGCAGCUGCUGUCCUGGGCAGCCAGAUCUUUAUCAUGGGGGGUGACACAGAAUUCACAGCUGCUUCCGCAUACCGCUUUGACUGCGAGACUAACCAGUGGACACGGAUUGGGGAUAUGACAGCCAAGCGCAUGUCAUGCCAUGCCUUGGCCUCAGGGAACAAGCUCUAUGUGGUAGGUGGGUACUUUGGCACCCAGCGGUGUAAGACAUUAGACUGCUAUGACCCUACCUCAGACACAUGGACCUGCAUCACCACAGUACCUUACUCACUCAUCCCCACAGCCUUUGUCAGUACAUGGAAGCACCUGCCUGCAUGAGAAGCCCUUAGGACAGUGACUUCAACCCCAGGAACUCAGACAGAUGCUGUCAUCAUGCUUAGCCCAUCUCUUGGCUGCAGCCUGCAGCGUGAUGGAGGUUACCCAGCCCUGGUCUCUCUCAGGGAGCCUCAGGACAACUCCUCAUGCUUACCCCGUCUAAACUCUCCAGCACCCAGAAAACUGAAUUGGAAUGCUCAAGAGCAGCACCCAGGAUGGGGAGUCAAUACUGGAAUGCUGCCCUCCAGCCCACUGGAUAAUUAAAGCCUCUGGAGUUUUGAACAAGAAAGGAGAAGCUGCUUCCACAGAGACUUGUUGGGACCAAAGACCCUUUCAGCUACAGUUUUAGUUUGGUAUGGGGAGAUGGAGGCCAAGGGAAAGUGGGGUUUUUUUGGGGGGGGAAGGGUGUUUCAUAUAGGGCAAAGAACUAAGUACCUGCUUGUCUGUUUCACACAACAACCCUGCCCCCACUAAUCCUUUGAGGAUUGUGGGGAAAGAGGUAGCAGUAACCUAGGUAGAGGGGCAGGAGUGAACCAGGUGAGGCAGAAGAGGACGGGGAACUGUGGAGGAUAAACGGCCUCCACACUUUGCACUAAGGUUUGCUGUUUCCUUCUGAGCCUGAACUGACAGCACAGCCUAAGAGUAGCCCCAGAACCUGCUAAACCAGGAAUGUUAUAAACCUUAUUUCAAAGCUUAUAACUUGGAUGAAGUAUUUCAGACGCGACACAGACUGGGUCACCUCAGGUGGGGGCAGUAAUUGACGGGGAGGAAGCUUCUGAACUCUCUGUAUUCAGGAAGUUCUGGCUCCAUCAGGCUGCCAGUGUCUGAGGGGGCGGCCUGAUGGAAAGAACAGAGGAGCCUAGUGGGGAAGGACUGUGUGAAAAACACCAGUUAGUGCUCAGCCUGUGGCCCAAGAAGCAGCUAAGCUAGUUGAAGGUACUAGCCUUAGGAUGGCAUUGUCCCAAGCCCAAUAGUAGAGACCUCCCAAGUCUCCCUCCAAGCCAUCUUGUACCCUCUCCCCCAAGCCCCGCCGAGUUGGCCUCUGCCACAGUGGCUCUGAGACAGAGGUAGGCUUUAGUGCUAACACGUGAAGAUGCGUAUCCCUGCCUUAUUUGCUGUCUGACUCCCCCACUCAUCCAAUAUACCUGGGGAAGAGGCAAAUAAAAGGGAUACUAGAGAGGAUUGCCAGGCCUCCUGAGUCAUUGAUGUCCUCACUUCUGGCAGGAGCCACCAUGUGAUACUUCCUUAGAAGUUGGUUCCAGCUCAUGUCACUAUUAAACAAAUCUGCUUUUAAUGAUGUUGAACCUUGUCCAGACCCAGUGGCGCUGAUCUGAGGAAGGAGAAUUCUUCGCUUUUCCAAGGGGCUUGGGGGCACACCGAAUCCUAUCACAUCCCCAAAUUGCAGCUAUGUAGUGGGACCAUGGAGGGAACUGUGCCUGGCUUGUUAACCAUCUGCCAAUCUGCCAAUGUGAUGCCAUUAGUCUGGCCCAAAAUGACAAUGCAGUAACUUUCGAGAACAUUGCCUUUAUUCCCCUGACUCUCCUGCCAGCCUCAUCUGGUAGUUUCUCUCUUUGCAAAGUAGAAUUGCUAGUCAGGGUUGCCUAGCCAUUGAGUAGGAGUUUCUGCCCCUUACUGGGUAAACAGCAGGUUAGGUGAAUCGUUGGUGUUUUAUGCUGUAGGGUUUUCCUGGCUUCCAAGAAGUUCUUCAUCAUUCACUUAGUUCCUUGCAAUGGGUGAUUCUAUCACCUCUAUGAGUCAAUGAAUUUAGAUUUUGAAGGAUUAUCUUGCCAAAGAUGCAGCAGGCCACCCCCACUGUCCCACAGGAAACAGAGGAACCUAAACUGUUUGUUACACAGUGGAGAAGGGUGUAGACAAUAUCCUGUAGGGGUUAGACUGACCCUGUUCUGACCCAGGAGUGGAAAGAUGACUGAGAAGAACACUUGCAAGAUGUGAAUGACUUACUGCCCACUGCUCUCUAGAGGGAUGGGCUGAUUUAAGUCUGCAUCCACAGUUCCCUUUGACUUCAUUAUUGCUGGCUAGCCAAGAAGAGCACACAGACCCCUCACACACAGCCUUGAUAUGCACAAAAGACAGUUCUCUUGGUUUACUGAAAAUCGUGUUGCUUUUACCCAGUUUUCUAACAAUAAAAGAUUAUAGGAAAUGCUUUGCUUUUUUCGGGUGAGGGGAGAUGAGUGUGUGAAAAUAGAUUUGUUUACUGUACUGGAAUUGUGUGUACACAGUAGGGGAUGAUAAUGAGAGUGAGGGGCAAUGGGAAGAGAAAAUCUAUCUGCCCC